AUGGCGCGGCGCACGUCGUCCACGUGCGAGAGCUUCUUGUCCAACGACGGCAGCGACGACGUCGUCGUGCGGUACAAAUGGAACGGCGAGUCCAUUGGGCUCGAGCUCAUGCGCUCGUCCGCGUCGUCCGACGAGCACCUCGUGCAGUGGGGCACGGGCUCGCUCGGCGUCACGCUCAGCGUCGAGGAGACGUCUCGACGCAUCAUUGUCACGCGCUCGAGUCGCAUUGACGUCCAAGUCGGGGACGUCCUGCUUCAGGCCGGCCACGUGCUGCUCACGGAGCACAAUCUGAGCCACGAGAUGGCGCUGCUCAAGCAGCAGCGCGAACGGGGCGGCGCCCCCGUGCCGUUUGUGUUUCGAUCCCCUCCUCCACCUGUGCUGGUAAAGAAGUGUGCUGGAGCACUUCGAGAAGCUGGGGUAGGCCCGACGUUCGAGCUGCGGUACGUCGACGGUCGCGUCGUGCGGUACCUCGAGAUGAAGGAGCUCCAGGUGCUCAUCCGCAACUCGCACAAGCCGUGCACCAUGGCGUUUGUCCAGUGCAAGGGGAAGCAGUUUUACGAAGUGCUCCAGCGUCAGGAGCACCAUCGACGUAAGAUUCAGCAGGUCAGUCAAGCGGCUGCAGCGAGUGCGGGGCUGGCGCUCGCUGCCGCGAUUGUUGUUAACAUUACAUGA